UGAUUGGUUCGUAGGCGCCAUGUGACCGUGAGUCCGUGACGUCAUACCGGAAGUUUUCAACCUGCAGCUUCUUUGACAGUCGGGAGCAUCCUUUUUUUUGUGUUGCUGCAACAUCAGCCCAGCUAACCUGAAACCAAAAAUAUGACAACACGUACAGGACAAUUCACUGGAUACAUUCAGCAGGGCUGGACCAUGUGGUGAGGAGCGGUAUGCCAUGCAGAGGAGACACAGCAGCAACACGGAUGGCAUGCCCUCUGAAAGGAGCCGAAGCCAAACUCUGGGAUCAGAGAGUAGUUUGGAUGAGGGUGGUGUGUUCGACUGCCUGAAACCCGACUCUCCAGCUUCACCCCAGCAGAUCUUCUCUGGCCUAGUAGGUGUCCCCUCCAGCUCCGUCUCCUCUGCCCAAUUCCAGGCAGCCGGCUUAGUCCUGGGCUCCCCCCCUGAAGUUUUCAUCCAGAUGACUGCAUCCUCCAGAGAGGAAGGUGGCUCUCACCGCACAGAGGGUGGACCUUAUCUUCCCCGACCGCCCCCGCACCACCAUCACCAUCAUCACCACUUCCACCACCAGCCCUUGCAGCACAGGACCCCCUCCCUGCUCCAACAGGCCACCUCAGGGGCCGCCACAGAGAGGCACAGCUCCAGGGAGGAGUCCCAAGAAGACCCAUCCACCCCAGCUCCAGCCCUGUCUGAGUUAAAGGCAGUGGUAACAUGGCUGCAGAGAGGCUUCCCCUUCAUCCUUAUUCUGUUAGCCAAAGUCUGCUUCCAGCAUAAACUAGGUAUCGCUGUGUGUGUGGGCAUGGCCAGCACUUUUGCUUAUGCCAAUUCCACUUUAAGGCACCAAGUUUCAUUACGGGAGGAACGAUCUGUUUUCAUCGCUCUGUGGAUCUUCAUGUUCCUCUCAGGGAAUGUGGUAUACAUCUACUACACGUUUAGUCAGGAGGAGCUGCACAACAGCCUCAUGUUUGCCAAACCCAACCUCGACAGCUUCGACUUUUUUGAUCUGAUCUGGGCUGUGGGCAUCACUGACUUUGUCCUGAAGUACGUCACCAUCGGGCUGAAAUGCUUUGUUCUCUUUCUGCCCAGGAUUCUCCUGGCCUUCAAAUCCAGGGGGAAGUUCUACCUGCUGAUCGAGGAGCUGAGCCAACUGUUUCGGGCCCUGGUGCCCAUCCAGCUGUGGUACAAGUACAUCAUGGGAGAGGACCCGUCCAACAGUUACUUCCUGGGAGCUACUCUCAUCAUUAUCUACAGCCUUUGCAAGUCCUUUGACAUCUGUGGACGAGUGUCUGCCAUACGAAAGGCCAUGGUCAUUCUCUGCAGCUCCCAGAGUUAUGGCGUGAGGGCGGGCAAUCAGCAGUGCAGUGAGGCUGGUGAUGUUUGUGCGAUCUGUCAGGCUGAUUUCAAAGACCCCAUUGCGUUGCUCUGUCAGCAUGUGUUCUGCGAGGACUGUCUUUGUUUGUGGUUCGACCGCGAGCGAACAUGCCCGCUGUGCCGCUCCACUGUCAUCGAGACCCUGCGAUGCUGGAAGGACGGCACAACCUCGGCUCACUUCCAGAUCUACUGAGCUUUGACCACAAAUCCCAGGCACCAAGAAAGAUUUCACGAGCUGAUGAAUGUGAGUUAGACAUGUUUUGGGCAGUUUUUUUCCUAUCUAUCUUACUUUAGUCACUCUCUAAAUCAUGUUGAGUUUACUGUUAUUAUUAUGUAGAAUUAGAGGCAAUUUUAGAGGCAUUUCAGAAACUACAACAGAAAAAAUUGCACUAUUUUCUCCGUCAGAAAAGACACAAACACACCAAAUAAUUAAAAUGGCAUCACUUUAAAAAGUCAAUACAAAUUUCUGAGUUAGAUUUUUUUCAAGGCAGCAGUCACACUUUUCUGUACAUGUAGUCUCAGCCACUAUUUGAACUGUGAACAUGGCCUUUCACAGUCAACACAUUAUACAAACAUGUUGAUCUAGUAUUGUUAUGAUGUUAAAAAGUGACAUUAUUUGUGCUAAAUGUAUUAUUUUUUUAUUGUAUUAUUUAUAUUGUCAUGGUUGUAUGUACUCUUUUUUAAUUUAUGCACAUUAUGUAACAGAUUUUGUUUUGUAUUUUAAGAUGUGUAAAAGGUAUUUCAAAAUGGUGACUCAUACUUUAAACAUAACAUGUCAGUAAUAGAAAGUAGAAGCUGAUCCAAAUGUUUUUUUAGACAGGCAAAGAAAUGUCUUUCUCAGCAGUCAGUGAUGUGUAGAAAUCGAGUGAUGAAAGUAAGUUGGUGUGUGAUUUUUAUAUCAUCAGAUUGUAAAUGAAUGGUGCAGUUUUGCUUUUUAUUGGCCUCAUACACGCUUCAUAAGUAAGUUAUUUUGUAGAUUUGUAUUGCUUAUGGUGCAAAAAUUAAAGCUUGUAUAGGAUUCA